AUGUGGCAGGAAGGUGCUGAAAACCAAGCAACAGUCCAGGAAGAUCGAGAUGUUUCAGCAGAAGAAGAUACCAGUAGUCGGUCGGGUGAUUCAGAUUCAGCUUUCAGCGACGACUCCCAGACAGUAUUAAGCACUUCUCUUCGGUCUUCAAUAUACAAUCACCGUUAUGAGAACGGCCGCACAUACCAUGCAUUCCGAGACGGGGAAUACCCGAUUCCGAAUGACGAAGAAGAACAAGAACGUCUCGACUUACUGCACCACCUCUUCAAAAUGAUUCUUGGAGGAGAGUUGUACACGGCCCCUUUGCCGCGGGAUCCCCAACGCGUAUUGGAUGUGGGCACGGGUACAGGUAUCUGGGCGAUCGAAAUGGCUGACCGGUUUCCUAUGGCACAAGUAAUCGGCACAGAUCUAUCUCCUAUCCAACCAAACUGGGUGCCUCCUAACUUACAAUUUUACAUCGAUGACGCCGAGAGUGAAUGGACAUUUCAUGAGUCUGGCAAGUUUGAUUUCAUCCAUGGACGCGCAUUGUGUGGAGGAAUCGCCGACUGGCCAAAAUUCUAUGCACAGGCGUAUGACAAUCUACAGCCAGGGGGAUGGAUGGAAAUGCAAGAUCACGAGUGUUGGCUCAACAGUGACGACGGAGGCAUGGAGCGGGCUCCUGCAUGUUCAGAGUGGAUUCGUGAAGUUGACCGAGCAAGCACCAUGUUUGGCAAACGCCUAAACAUCGCGCACCAACACCGACAGUGGAUGAUUGAUGCUGGAUUCCAGAAUGUGUCUGAGAUCAUCCGGAAGGCAAGCAUUUCCCGCAAACAGACCAUCACUUAUCAUUAA